UAGAGUCCAUGAUUUUCUUCUUUAGUGAUAAAUAAAUAUUAAAUCGAAAAUUCCCAAAUCCUUUCAUCUUCUUUCCAAUCUCUAAAACCCUAGAACUGCUGUUUCCAACUCAGACAGAACCCAAAGUUACUCGACAAAUUAAAUUUUACUGUUUGGUUUUGUUUCGUCUGGAUUGUUUUUUUUUUGUUUGGUGAAAGAUUCGAUUUUGAAAUCAACACAAUGUCGGGGUCUGGAGGAGUUUCAAUCGCACGCACAGCGAUCCGAGGCGAGAAUCGGUUUUACAAUCCGCCGGCUAUGCGGAGGAUGCAGCAGCAGUUGAGAGAGAAGCAGCAACGAGAAGAAGAAGCAGAAGAAGAAGGGAAGCUUUCGUCUGCUUCUUCGAUGCCGCCGCCUCGUUUGAGGAAGGGUCUGGCUAAGAGCAAGAAUCGGGACAGGGUGGUGGUUUCCGGGUCUGAAGUAUCCGUCUGCUCAUCUGAAUCGUCUGGAUCGGGUCGGGUUGAGAGAGACGGGUCAAACUUGGAUCGGUUCUUGGAGCAUACCACUCCCUUUGUUCGGUUACUUCCCGUGAGGAGCAGGUGUGAAUCAGAGUGCAAUACAUAUUUUGUUUUGGAGGAUCUGUGGGAGUCGUUUGCAGAGUGGAGUGCUUAUGGUGCUGGUGUUCCUCUACAUAUGGAUGGGAGUGACUCUACUGUGCAGUAUUAUGUGCCUUACUUAUCUGGUAUUCAGUUGUAUGUAGUUGACCCAUCAAAGAAAGCCAGAAGUCCAGGUGAAGAUAAUGAAGAAAGUAGUGAAGGAAGCAGCAAUAGUAAGCUUGAUAAGUUACCUAACCAUGCUAAGACUUUGGAGAAUGCGGUGGACUUGAGUGUUAAUGAACUGAAUAGAGUUAGUUUGGGAGAUCAAUCUGUUACCGGUUCGUUGUCAAGUGGAGAGACUGAGAUUAGCAAUGUUCAUGGAGAGUUGUUGUUUGAGUACUUGGAGUAUGAACCUCCCUUUGGCCGUGAACCUCUGGCUAACAAGGUAUCAGAUCUCGCCUCAAGGUUUCCUGAGCUAAGGACAUACAGGAGCUGUGAUCUUUCUCCAUCAAGUUGGCUCUCUGUGUCAUGGUAUCCAAUAUACAGAAUACCAGUUGGUCCAACACUACAAAAUCUCGAUGCCUGCUUUCUAACUUUCCACUCUCUCUCAACACCACCUCCUCAAAGUUCUAUAGGUUGUAGUGAUACUAAGCCAUCUAUAAAGCUACCGUUGCCUACUUUUGGACUCGCAUCUUAUAAGCUAAAAGUAUCCGUAUGGAACCAAAACAGAGCUCAAGAGUCCCAAAAGCUCUCGUCUUUGCAACAAGCUGCAGACAAAUGGCUUAAGCAUCUACAAGUUGAUCAUCCGGACUACAUAUUCUUCACCUCCAACGGCCACAAAUGAGGUGAAACGCAAAAGAUGUUUUCUUGACCAUCGACUUGGCACUGGUCUGAUCAACAUACCCCAUUAUCUGCUACUCUACUUCACAUAUAGUCUCUCUUACACUGAAGAACCACCAACUAGUGGCUAGACUCUUGCAUGUUUACUCAGACUAUUCAAGAGUUUGCUGUUUCAUUUCCAUGAAUAAGGAUUUGGAGGAGCUCAUAUAGUGAUUUUGUAAUGUUGAGAUGCAACACUUUUUGUGAUACACUUCGGUUGCGGAAC